AUGCCGCCAAAGAAAGGAGGAAAAAAGAACAAGGAUGAUGAUUGGUGAGUUUUAUUGAUUUUCUUGAGAAAAAUUGGAUUUUAGGGACGAUGAUGCGGCGGAGAAGAAAUUAGCUGCUUUGAAAUUGGCAGAGAAGAGUGAAACCCAAUGGGAUGAUGAAGAAGAGCCUAAGGCGAAACCUGCGAAAAGAGGGGCUGCCAAAAAAGGUUUCGCCUCGUUUUUGGUGAGUUUUUCUAGAAAUCGUUGGGGAAAAAUUGUCAAAAGGAAUUCAGGUAAAUAGAUAAUAACGUUUUUUUUUCAUCUGAAUAACCGCAAAUUUUUGAAUCAAAAUUAAACUUUUCAGGUAGAAGAUGAUAGUGACAACGAUGCUGCUCAAAAAUCCGACGCUGAACCAGAACCUGAACCAGAACGUGAAGUUGAAGUUCAAUCAAAACCCGCCAAGAAAGAGAAAAAGGAAAAGAAAAAAGGAGGAAAGAAGGAUAAAAAAGUUGAUGAUGAAGAUGAUUUGGACGCGAUUUUAGCGAGUAUUGAGGAUAAAAGUGCUGCUGUUCCAGUGAAGGCAGAAAUUAAAGAGGAAUCUCCAGCUCCAGCUCCAGAAGAGACGGAAAAUCAGAAUCAAAAGAAAAAGAAGGGAAAGAAAGAGAAAAAAGAGGCUAAUGUAGAGGAACCUAAAGAAGAAGCUGAAACUGAAACUAAAGAAGAAGAAGAAAAUGAAGAGGAAGAAGAAGGAGAUGAAAAGAAAGAUAAGAAAAAACAAAAGAAAAAAGAUAAGAAAAAAGAAAAGGAAAAGAAGGAAAAAGAGGAGAAAAAAGCAGCUGGUGGAGGCAAAAAAGGACAACUUAAUUUGAUCAAAGAAAUGCUGAAAAAGCAACAAGAAAUGCGGGAAGAAGAGGAAAGAAUAAGAAAAGAAGAAGAAGAAAGAGAAAAGGAAUUAGAAAAACAACGGGAGGAACAAGAAAGAAUUGAGAAGGAGAAGAAAGAAGCUGCGAAGGAAGCAAAACGAUUGGAGAUUGAGAAACAGAAAGCCGCGGGAACUUAUAUGACAGCUGCGCAGAAAAGGCAACAACAAAUUGCAUUGGAGAAAUUGAAAGCUGCUGGAAGUGAGGUUUUGGGCUUGAAUUUUGGUUUAAAAUUGACAAAAAACAUAUUUUUCCUGAAAGAAGAUUUUAAAACUCACAGGUUUCACAUAGGAAUUAUGACCAUUCUCCAUUUUCGAACAACUCAAAAAUGACAUUUUUCAAAAUUAAAUUUCAGAUAUUUCAUUUUAAACGUAACAUUUAUUUUCACGUUGGAAACAUUUUAAAAAAAUUCAUUUUUCAAUUUUUUGAGAAUUGAAAAUUGACGAGAAUUUUUGAAGCCAAAAUUGUGAGUUUUUGGAAAAAAUUCGAUAAUAUCUGAAAAUUCAUAUAGAAAUUCUGAAAUCUAUUUUCUAACUGUAUUUCAAGAUUUUUUAAUGAAAAAAAAACUGUCUAAUGACUGAAAAUCAUCAAACAUCUUAUUUUUUUGGUCCAAGAAAUCGGUAAAAUUUUGCAUUCAAAACGAUUGAUUUUUUAAACCAAAAUAUAGAGUUUUCAUUUUUGUAGAAACUAUAUUUUCGAUAAUAAGUUUCAUCAUAUUAGGGUUUUGGCUGAAAAAAUCCCCGUUAUCCAAAAAUAUCCCGAAUACCUUCAUUUUUUCCAGUCACAAUCCCUGCUGCUCGCGAAUCCACAGAAGAUGGUCAGAAAAAAGGAACAUUCGUGUAUAUGGAUGAAAAGGCUCGCGCAAAAAUGGAAGAGAAAAAGAAGAGACGGCUAGAGAAAUUAGGACAAGCAGAACCUGAAAAAUCCGAAGUUUCUGCUGAAAAACCAGUUGAAAAAUCACAAGAAAAAGAGGAAGUUUCAAGUCCUGAAGUUGAGGAAGAAGUUUUGGAUGAUUGGGAAAUGGCAGCUGAAGAAGAAGAGGAAAAGAAGGAGGAAAAGCCGACGAAAACUGAAAAAGUGGAAAAGAAGACUGAAAAAGAAGAAUCUGAAAGUGAAGAUGAAGAUGAUGAAGAGAGUUCUGGAGAAGAAGAUGAUUCAGAUUCGGAAUCUGAUAAUUCAGAAGAGGAAGAAGAAUCUUCAGAUGAAGAACAAACUGGAAAAAGAGAAACCAAAGAACAGAUUAUUGAAAAAGUGAAAUUAAGAAUUCAAAAACGAAAAGCUGCAGCUGAAGCAGGAAGAACUACAGAUAAAUUGAGAAGUCCUGUUAUUUGUGUAUUAGGACAUGUCGAUACUGGAAAAACCAAAAUGUUGGAUACGGUGAGAAAGUUUGGGCUGUCUUUUGGUUUGCAAAUUUUUUCAUGAAAUUUUCAUUUAAAAAUACAAGAUUUAAGAUUUUUCAUUUUUAUUUUAAACGUGAACUUUCACGUGCAAUACCGAAAAAUUCAUUUCAAAUUAAGAAAAAACAUGUUUUAGCAUAUAUUUUAUUUUUGCGUGAACUUUUCUAUGCCACGUUUUAAAAUUGAACAAAAAAUCAUUUUCUAAGUUUUCAAAUUUGUGUGGGAUUUUUUUUUGAAGUUCGGCGAACUUUCCAACUUCGAACUGAAUUCAAACUGAAUUUCUUCUGAAAAAGUUGGAAAGUUUAUCAAAAAGAACUUUGUUUUUAGCAGCAAAUUCAUUGAAAUUUUAGAUCUAAGAUACAACGGUUUUUCUCUAAAAAUGUGAAUGUUUCCAGAUUCGCCGCACAAAUGUUCAACUCGGCGAAGCUGGUGGAAUUACUCAACAAAUCGGAGCCACUGAAGUUCCAGCUGAUGCAAUCAAAGAAAGAUGUCGACAAGUUCGAGAUUUUGCAGCCGAUCUCAUGAAAAUCCCCGGAUUUUUGAUCAUUGAUACACCUGGUCACGAAAGUUUUUCGAAUUUACGAACUCGUGGUUCUUCACUUUGUGAUUUUGCUAUUUUGGUUGUUGAUAUUAUGCAUGGAUUAGAACCACAAACUAUUGAAUCAUUGAAAUUGUUGUUGAAGGGAAAAACACCGUUUGUUAUUGCGUUGAAUAAGGUGAGCGCAGAGAAUAUUGAAAAAAAAAUACAUUUUGUGUUUUUUAAACAAUUUUUAUCUAAAAAAAAUCCAACUAUAAAAUUCAUUUUUUUCGAAAUUAGGAGAAAAAAAUCUGAUAAACUUUGAAAAUGGUCACUGUUUCAAAAAUACAAUUUAUGAGUUGAUAAAAUAUCGAAUCUUACUCUGAAAAAGAAAGACAGAUUUUGUGUUCCACCCAGAAUCCUCCUAAAAAUUCUCCAUUAUUUUUCCAGAUCGACAGAUUGUAUGAAUAUGAAUCAAAUCCACGAAAAGAUGUCUACGAACUUCUCAAAUCGCAAAAACCUCGAGUUCAACAAGAAUUUAAAGAAAGAUAUGAAAAAAUUGUGGUAGAAUUUGCUGAACAAGGUGUAAAUGUUGUAUUAUCAAACAAACCAAAAAUCGAUGAUGAUUUUGUUUGUAUGGUUCCAACUUCUGCAAUGUUAGGUGAUGGAGUCGGAAAUUUGAUGUCAUUUAUUGUUAAUCAAACACAAACUAAACAUGCACAGAAAUUGGCAUUUAGUGAAGAAUUGGAUGCAACUGUUAUGGAGGUUGGUAUUUUAAAUGAGGGGGAAUUGAAUAUCUUUAAACUGAAAAUCAGGUUUUUGUAUAACUUCUAGGGAUGUUUAGGUAAAUUUUUUUGCUAUAAUGCUUUUUCUAAUAAUUUUAAGCUGAAACUAGUUUAUCAAUGAUUCAAUUUUUAGCUGGAAAUGUUAAAUAUCAGCCUAAUUUUGAUCUUGAAAUCAUGAUUUUUCGGUAUUUUUUACCCCAAGAUCCAGGCUGAAAAUGGCCCAAGAAUAAUGAGAAAAUGUACUGUUUCAAAAUUCGUAUAAUUUUUAAUUAAAAUACCCGUUUUUCAUUCCAGGUCAAAGCAAUUCCUGGUCUCGGAACAACAAUUGAUGUAAUUCUUGUAAAUGGAACAAUGCGAGCUGGUGAUGUAAUUGUUUUAACUGGAACUGAUGGAGCAAUUGUAACACAAGUUCGAGAAUUGCUCAUGCCAAAACCACUUCGAGAAAUGCGUGUCAAAAAUGAAUAUAUUCAUCAUAAAGAAGUUCAAGGAGCAAGAGGAGUUAAGGUUUUGGCGAAAAAUUUGGAGAAAGUAUUGGCUGGUUUACCGCUUUAUAUUACUGAUCGAGAAGAUGAAAUUGAUUAUUUGAGGUGAGUUUUCAGAAUUGAAAAAAAUCCACGUAGCUUUUUUUUUGUAAUUUUGAAAUUUAACUGCCAAAAUGUUUGUGCCACGUAGAAGGAUCUUUGAAUUUUGGAAAUUUGACUCCAAACAUCCAUCUGGCAUUUUUUCAAUGUUUUAGCGUUGUAAAUUUUAACUUAAAAAUUUUUUUUAUUUAUUUCCAGAAAUUUCUCAAAAAAAAUCAUGAAAUGUUCACAAUUUUGAGCUAAAGAAUCACAUUUUUCGAUAAAGUCUCAAAACAUUUCACAAAUUCUUUUUGCUCUUUCCAGAAUUGAAGCAGAUGGUCAACUCGAAAAUGCUCUGCACGCAAUCAAAAAGAAACCCGAAGGUGUUUAUGUUCAAGCAUCAACUUUAGGAUCUUUAGAAGCGUUGCUCGAAUUCUUGAAAUCCCAAAAAAUUCCAUAUUCAAAUGUCAACAUUGGACCGGUUCACAAAAAAGAUGUGCAAAAAGCAUCGGCGAUGAAAGAACAUAAGGCUGAGUAAGUUACUUUUAAGGCCUUAAAUCUAUACUAUCCUGAUUUUUUUCGAAUUUUUUCUCUAAAAAAUCAAAUUUAGCUGGUGAUCCUUCAAAUCUACAAUACCCACCCCCAAUAAUCUUCCCCGAAAAAAUCCCUAUUUUCUGCAGAUACGCUUGUAUUCUUGCAUUCGACGUGAAAAUCGAAAGAGAAGCUCAAAUCUUUGCUGAUCACGAAGGUGUUCGAAUUUUCCAAGCCGAUAUUAUCUAUCAUUUACAAGAUAGUUUCCUAAAAUACCGUGAAGAAUUACGUGAAAAAGCUCGAAAAGAAAACGAACAUUUGGCAAUAUUCCCGUGCAAAUUGCGAAUUAUGCCAAAUCAUGUUUAUAAUGCGAGAAAUCCGAUUGUUUGUGGUGUUUCAAUUGAAGCUGGACAAGUUAAACGAGGAACACCGAUUUGUGUGCCGAGUAAAGAGGUGAAUUCGGGAACGGGAAAAACGGAAAGGCUUUUAUAUAUGUUUAUUAAUUUCACUCGACUUCAGAACAGAACAGAAAUGCUCACCAAAUCCUCAAAUUUUAUUUUUUUGCAGGGAAUCCUUCUGGGAACAGUUUCAUCAAUCGAAAGAAACAAUGAAGAAGUUGCAUUGGGAAAACAAGGAGAAGAAGUUUGUAUCAAAAUUGAGAAUACGACUGGCGAAGCGCCAAAAUUGUAUGGAAGACAUUUUACGCAUGAAGAUACGCUUGUUAGCAAGGUUUGUUGUGGGAGGAGGAAAAGUAGUGCAAUUUGGGAAAUUGUUAUUCACUUGAGCAAAGAUAUAACAUUUUGAAAACCAAAUUUUCUUUUUUUUUAAAUUUGAAACGGUAGAUUUUCGGGAAAAUUAUUUUUGAAAAUUUGAACUAAAAUUGUGGGUGAUUUUUCAUUUAGAAAUCAGGACUUUUGGAUAAAAAAAGCAUUUUUAAAUUAAGUUUUAAGCCACAAAAAUGAUUGAGUUUCGAAUUCUCUACGUCAAUUUGAUUUCUGCCAUUUUUGAUACUUGAAAAAUCGAAAAAAUUCGAAAUUUGGUUCCCACAAAGUUUUUGAGAAUUAAAAACCCUUUAAAUAUUUUCAGCUCCAAAACUUUCAAUUUGUUUCAGCUGAAAACCUCUCAUUCUCAACCAAAAUUCCCUAAUUUUCAGAUUUCUCGCGAAUCAAUCGAUAUUUGCAAAACCCAUUUCCGUGAUGAUUUAACAAAAGCUGAUUGGCAAUUAAUUGUUCAAUUGAAAAAAGUUCUUGAUAUUAUGUAA